AUGGCGCCGCGGGUGCUGCCGCUGCCCCGGCAGCGCUCCUUCCUGCCGCCCUCCGUGCGCAACCCCUUCGCGCACCCGCGCCGCCUCAGCGCCGCCGACAAGCUGCGGACCAUCCUUCUAGGGAUUAUUUUGUUGCCUCUCCGUACCAUAUGCAUCGUGAUCAUUUUAUUGCUAGCUUGGGUGUUUGCAUCCAUUGCAACUUUUCGGCACCCUAGAAAAGGAUCUGUACCCCUUAAAGGAUGGAGAAGGACGAUGAUCCGGAGGGCCCUCUCGUGCCUGACUCGCACCGUAUUCUUCGUGAUGGGUUUCCGGGUGAAGGUGAAAGGGAAGAUAGCGGGUCCGCUGGAAGCGCCCAUCUUCGUUGCAGCGCCUCAUUCCAGCUUCUUCGAUGCCAUCGUUUCUGCCCUCACUGGGAUGCCCUCGAUGGUGUCCAGGGCGGAAAACCUGUCAGCUCCACUGUUUGGCACAAUCCUGAGCUCCCUUCAGCCCGUCUCGGUGUCGCGUCAAGACCCCGACUCACGGAAGAACACUGUCACCGAGAUAACAAACCGGGCCAUGUCGGGAGGCCAGUGGCCACAGAUCCUCAUUUUCCCGGAAGGCACCUGUACAAACCGAUCUUGCCUGAUCACCUUCAAACAAGGGGCCUUCAUUCCACGCGUUCCUGUGCAGCCCGUGCUGCUCCGCUACCCCAACAAACUGGACACAGUGACCUGGACCUGGCAGGGCUAUUCAUUCAAAGAGCUGUGCGUAAUGACGCUGUGUCAGCCCUUCACCAGAGUGGAAGUUGAGUUUCUGCCUGUUCACGUUCCCACCGAAGAAGAAAAAAAAGAUCCCAUUCUUUUUGCCAACAGAGUCCGAGAAACCAUGGCGAGUGCUCUGAACGUGCCGGUGACGGAUCACACGUUUGAAGACUGCAGGCUGAUGAUCUCGGCGGGGCAGCUGACACUGCCCAUGGAGGCCGGCCUGGUGGAGUUCACCAAAAUCAGCAAGAAACUCAACCUAAAAUGGAAUCAUGUCAGGGAGCAGCUGGAUACUUUUGCUGCUAUUGCUAGUGCCUCCAAAGGGGGAAGAAUUGGAAUUGAGGAGUUUGCAGAGUACUUGAAGCUGCCCGUUUCUGACGUCCUCAAAGAGCUCUUUCUGCUCUUCGACAGGAACGGAGACGGCACCAUCGACUUCCGAGAGUACGUCAUCGGCCUGUCCAUCCUCUGUAACCCCGCCAACACAGAAGAGACUAUUCAGAUGGCAUUUAAGCUCUUUGACAUGGACGACGAUGGCACCAUAACAGAGGAUGAGUUUGCUUGUAUCAUUCAGUCAGCUCUGGGGCUGCCCGAGCUCGAUGUUUCUCAGCUCUUUAAAGAAAUAGAUGCAGAUGAAACUGGGAAGCUCUCCUAUGAUGAGUUUAAGGACUUUGCCCUCAAGCAUCCAGAGUAUGCCAAGCUGUUUACCACAUACCUAGAGCUGCAGCGAUACCAGCUGAACAUGGCAGAGGAGGAUGACUUUGAGUGCCCCGAAGCCAACGACGCUCCUGCUCGGAAGAGCACAGGGCCAGGCUCCGAAACCACAGCGAUUGCUAGGAAUAAAGCCCACCCUGACGGCAAUGAAGACGACAACUCCAGUACCUCGGACAAAAAGGAUGACUGAGAACGGUCAAUAAUUCAGUUCCUGAGAUCUACAGGGAUGUCUUUGCCCAGCUACUCAUAAGCACAAUUGAUGAAGCACAAUUCAUAAGCACAAUUAAGGUUGCAAGUUAAAAAAAAUUUUUUUUUUUUUUUGCUUUCCUCUCAGGCUGCAGARGAAUAUUCCUGUAUCAAUCAAAGGGAAAUAACACUGUAACUAACUCUGUUGCCGGUAUCAGCAUAGCACAACUGGGAAUGUUGCUCAGUGUCCUCCAAUUCCUGCUUUCGGGAAAGCACCGGCUGUGGCAGGAGGGGCAAUGGGCUCCAGCACUUAAAUCACCUCUCAGAUCUAAGGACCCUCUUGGGUAAAAACAAGGUGGGAUUUUUGUGCUGCUUAAUACCUCUUAAGUCCCCAACAUGUCUUAAGGGCAAAGAAAUGCCAGUGUGUUGUAAUCUGGAAUUACUGUGAGCCUUUCGGAAGCUUCAGAGAGACAGAAACGAGUUUACAGGAAGCUGAGAGUCGAAGCUGGUCUCUUCUCUGGCUGUCYAAACAUUUCCCCGAACUGCUUGCGAACCAAAAAGGCUUCUGAGCAGGACGUGCUGCAUCACUGACGCUCACAGAAACAGCUUUAGGCCCAAAGGACACGCAAAUAUGGAAAUGAUGCUAUUUCUAUCAGCAAAACCUAACUGGAAGUCCCACGCAACUCAGUUUUACUGGAAAGUUCAGACAUUAAGACCCAAGAAUUAAUGCACCCUUUCAGAAUAAACGGAACACCGGUUACAGUGCAAACUGCUUAGGAUCAUGUUAGCAGGAGCAUGGCAAACUUGAGCAGGUUUCUGUCCUAGCAGUGACCGACAGAGACCUGUGACCUUGCUCUGCACUCCUGGAAAGCUUUGUUCGCCGCCAAGCCCUAGUCCUGCUAGGCAGUGUCUCCUCUGGAACGGCCUCCUAGGACGCACGUUGGCAGCACUGAGCCGUUGCUCCAGGUGUUCUUGGGAGCUGACUCGAGAAAAGCUCAUUUCAGUUGGUGAUUUGAGCGUGUUUUGCCUUGGGCCUCUCUAGUGCACUGGAUAUUCAGC